AUGAGUUUUUUGAGAAGAGAUAAAUCAAAAAGCAACAUAUUCAAUAAUUCUGCUGCUGGCCAGUACAAUAUGUCUACGAAUAAUUCAAAUAAUCGAGAGACAACGGAAAUGAAUAGUAAUAAGUUUCAAGAGCCACCUUCUCCCAUGACCGAUAAUUUUGAAGAAUCAGCAAUGAAUACAGCUACAAAUCAAACGGGCGCUAAUACCUCGGCUAUUGGGUCUGAAAAUGGGGCCAAUACUAGACCUAAACUUGAUAAGAAACUGUCAUCGAACGGGGUAUAUCCUACCUCGUCGUCAUCAUCCAUGAGUUCGAAUGAUAGGAACGAAGGACAGAUUUUUUUCAAUAGCAACUUCAGCGAACAUGACGAUAGAGCAAUGCUGCAGGGAAAUUAUAGCCAGAUGCAAGGAAGCCAAGCGCAAGGAAGCCAAGCGCAAGGAAGCCAAGCGCAAGGGAAUCAGGUGCAACAGCAACAAAAAAUGCCGGUAAGAAAUAGUUCUGUGGGAUAUAAUAAUGAACCGAUGUAUAGUCCAAGAUCUUCGAUAGUAUCUCUUUCUACACCAGCCACACAAAGCUAUAACAACUCAGAGUUGGCUGUUAGUUCGGAGCAGAGCCAGGUUAAAGACAACUAUAAGGGAUUUCACGCAAAUAAGCGCCCCAAAGGACUAGCAAAUAUUCCGCCCUUAUCGCAUCCAAUAAAGCCCCGGUUCAGGAAGAAGGGCAGCUCAUUGUUAGGGAAAUUAAUUUAUUCAUCCAGAAAAGAUUCUGAAGGUUCUCAGCAAUCGGGUGAGCUGGUACCGCAACAUUCUAUUGAAGUAGAACCAGAAGAGCCUGAAGAAAGGGAUCAGCUGCGUCGAAACUCGUCGGGAAAUAAUGGGGGUCAGCAACAGGUCAACAAAAAGAGUGUUAGCUCCGCUGGCUCGAACUCUUCUAAACAUAAGUUCAGGAUCCCUUCAAUAUCUUUGGAUCAUCAUCAUCAUCAUCACCAUUCUCACAAAGAUGAACCUGAUGAGCCUAAUCAACAGCCUAGGGCUCACUCGACGUCAACCGCAGAAGUAAGACAUAAUAACCAGGGAAGUGAUAAAAAGAUGCCAACUUCUUUCGAUCUAGAUAUGGAUAUCAAUGAAAUGCAAGGCAUCGUGAAAAGUCCAAACUCGACUCACGAGAAUAAGAAUCCUCUAAGUGAUAUCGAUGCUGAACGUUCUUUUACGUUCAAUCUUACUGAUACCCAUAAUAAAGCGCCGCUACAACAAACUUCUGAUAAUGUAAACCUUCCAAUGCAAAAAUCAUCAUCCAGCGUUUCUUCAUCAGUUCCCUCAGGUAAUGCGAAUACGAGGCAGAAUAUAAACCGAUCGGGAGGGGCUUGGAGAGCUCCUGAUAGUUGGGAUGUUAAGUUCAAUGGUGCCUUAGGUUCGGCAAAGGCGGAUAUUAGAUCACUAUCUGAUUCUGAUAAUGAAGAUAAAUUGGAUGAUAGAAUUAGUAGCGCGGAUACAUCUUCGACUUUGAGUAAUUCCAUGAAUCAGUUAAACGAUAAGUCGACUAAUAAACUGCCGAAUUCACAGCAAGUCUCUCCAAGGAAACAGACUAAAAAAUCAGAAGUACGUUCGGAGACACCUCAAACCUUAAGAUCGAACUUGCCUGUUUUGUAUGGCUCAAGUAAGAUUUCGCACGUAGUUCCCACUCAAUCGGAUUCUAAAAAUCUUACAAAGGGACCAAACCACAUAGUCAGAGUGUUCAAGGAAGAUAAUACAUUUACUACAAUCUUGUGUCCGCUAGAAACAACAACUGCGGAGUUGUUAAAUAUAGUACAAAGGAAAUUCUUUCUUGAAUCAACUGCAAAUUACCAGAUAUCUGUGUACAUAGGUAAUUGUGUGAAGGUAUUAGAGCCAUUUGAAAGACCAUUGAAGAUUCAGAUGGGCUUAUUAAUGUUAAGUGGAUAUUCUGACAACGAUAAUUUAAGGAUUAUUGGAAGAGAAGAUUUGUCCUAUAUUUGUAAAUUUGUGGUGGAAAAUAUUUAUUUGAGGAGUUUGACUCACGAAGAGGAAAUCAUGCUUUCUAAGGAUUAUGUUGAUGUAAAUAUUUCUAGCUCAGAUUUGAAAAAUAUCCCUAUCAUUUUCCAUCAGCAUACUUAUGAAAUUGAAAAAUUGAACGUAUCAGAUAAUCCAUCUAUUUAUAUUCCAUUAGAUUUUAUUCAGUCUUGUACUAACUUGACUAGUAUAAUAUUUUCUAGGAAUGGGUGUUCAAAGUUUCCUAUAAAUUUCUUUGAAGCUAAGCAAUUAACGUAUCUUGACAUGGAAAAGAACUUUUUAGACGACUUACCGUCUAAAAUAGGCCAUUUACGAAAUUUGACCCAUUUGAAAUUAAAUUCGAAUCAAUUAUCUACGUUACCUAAGUCUUUUGGAAAAUUGCAGAAUUUAAUAUCUUUGAACUUGUCAUCAAAUUAUCUUGAAGUUUAUCCUGAAGCAAUUAGUGAAUUAUAUAAUUUGGCAGAUUUAGACUUGUCUUAUAAUGAUUUAUCUUAUUUGCCAGAGUCAAUUGGAAAAUUAAUUCAGUUGGUAAAGUUAAAUGUAUCAACAAAUAAAUUGAGUAAGACAUUGCCAUCGUAUAUCACAAAUUUAAUCUCGUUGAAACGGUUUGAUUUAAGGUAUAACAAACUUACAAAUAUUGAUGUACUAGGCUCUUUACCUAACUUAGAAGCUGUCUAUGCUUCAAAGAACAACAUUUCGACAUUUACUGAUGAAAUGGAAAGCUUAAGAUUGCUCCAUUUUGAUAGGAACCCAAUUACAGAUCUAAAGUUUGAUACUUUGUUACCAAACUUAGCAGUAUUAGAUUUAUCAAAGGCUAAAAUUACUGCAAUUCCUCCCGAAUUUAUGCAUAAAAUUUCAAACAUUGAAAAGUUGGUCUUGGAUAAGAACCAUUUAAUUAAUUUACCUAAUGAGAUUGGGAAUUUGACCAAACUCACGUAUUUAUCUGCUUAUGGUAAUAACUUACAAGUGUUGCCACCGUCAAUUGAUAAGUUAGUAUCCUUACAGUAUUUGGAUUUGCAUUCAAAUAACUUACAAUUGUUACCUAGUGGCAUUUGGGAUCUUAAAUCAUUAACUUAUUUAAAUGUUUCGUCUAAUAUGCUCAGCACUUUACCUCAGCCGCCAUUGUCUGUGGCGAAACGUAUUUCUUCCACUGCUAGUUUUAGACAAAGUUCUACAGGCGGCUUUAGGCAGGAAUUGGACUCUAGACGACCUUCUGUUCAGUCAGUAAUUGAAAGUGACAGUACAAGUACCCCGAUAGAACCUACUGAUGCCAUUGGAGAAGUUAGUAGUGAAGGGGGUCCUUAUGAGGGAAGCAGUUCAUCAUCAGUAAAUUUCAAUAAUUCUUCAGGUUCUUUGGCAGACAGUUUAUUAGUUUUAGUUUUAGCUGAUAACAGAUUAGAUGAUGAUUGCUUUGAUUCAAUUUCAUUUUUAGUUGAAUUAAAGACCUUAAAUUUGUCGUAUAAUGAUCUAUUAGAAAUUCCAGAAGGUGCAGCAAGAAGAAUGACAAAGUUAGUUGAAUUAUAUCUAUCAGGAAAUGAAUUAACUAGUUUACCUACUGAUGACUUAGACAAUAUUAAAUCUUUGAAACUAUUAUAUUUGAAUAAUAACAAAUUUGUUUCUCUUCCUGCGGAAUUGAGCAAAUUAGUUAAUUUGCAGCAUUUAGAUGUUGGUUCGAAUCAAUUAAAAUAUAAUAUUUCAAACUGGCCGUACGAUUGGAAUUGGCAUUGGAAUAAAAAUUUAAAAUACUUGAAUUUUUCUGGUAACAAAAGAUUUGAAAUUAAACAGAGUCACAUGAAGAAUCCUGAUACUGGAGAAGAUUUUGAUAGCUUAUUAGUUUUGAAAAAUUUGAAAGUGCUUGGUUUAAUAGAUGUCACUUUGACAACAACAUCAGUUCCGGAUCAUACGAUUGACAUGCGCAUAAGAACUACGGCAUCGGAAUUAGAUAAUAUUGGUUAUGGGGUUUCUGAUACAAUGGGUAUGCGAGAACAUGUUUCGAGCAGAGAUAUUUUCAUACAGAAAUUUAGAGGUAAUGAAAAUGAGGUUUUAAUAUGCUCAUUUGAUGGAAAGUCAGGAUCACCUAAUCACAGCCAUCGGAUAUCAGCAUUAGCAAAGAAUCUUUUCGUUCCUAGCUUCACUAAUGAAUUAAACAAAUUGAAAAAUGAAGAGGAGAUCCAAGAUGCUAUUCGAAGAACUUUCCUUUCUUUGAACAAAGAAAUUAACGGUAUAUUAUCCGCUAAGAAGUACAAUUGCUUUAAUCCUAGUUCUCAGAUUAGUCCAGAAUUUUCGGAUUUAAAUCUCCGUGAUGAUGCAGCAGCAGGUUGUGCCAUGUCUAUUGUUUAUAUCAAAGAAAAGAAGCUUUAUACUGCUAAUAUCGGUGAUGUUGAGACAUUAUUAUCCACGAGUAAUGGCGAUCAUAUUUUAUUAACUAAAAAGCAUGAUCCUACAAAUAGAACAGAAUUUGAAAGAAUCAGAGCAUCGGGUGGUUAUGUUUCUGGUGAUGGUGCAUUGGACGGUGAUCUAGCAGUUUCUCGUGGUGUUGGGUUCUUCAACUAUUUGCCUCAUACACAUUCAGGACCGGAUAUAAGUGAAGUUGAGUUAACUUCUGCGGAUGACAUGAUUAUUAUGGCUACCAAGGUCUUGUGGAAUUAUAUUACGUUUGAGAUAGCAGUUGAUAUUUUAAGACAAGAGAAGAACGAUCCUAUGAUUGCUGCUCAAAAAUUAAGAGAUUAUGCUAUCUGUUAUGGUGCGACUGACAAGAUAGCCGUAAUUGUUAUUACUUUAGGCGAGAAAAAAUCCAACAAAAUGAAGUUUGGAACAAAUGCCUUUUAUAAUAAUUUGGGGCAGGAAAACGAUGUAUUUGCAAAGAAAAGAAGGGACAGAUCCCAACUUUUAUUGGGCGACUCUACGUUAAGAAGAUUGGAAGAAGAAAUAGAACCACCAGAAGGUAUAUUAGCAUUGGCGUUCACCGAUAUCAAAAAUUCUACUUUAUUGUGGGAUUCAUAUCCUGUUGCAAUGAGAUCUGCUAUUAAGAUUCAUAAUGCUAUUAUGCGUCGUCAACUAAGGAUCGUUGGGGGUUAUGAAGUUAAAACGGAAGGGGAUGCAUUUAUGGUUUCGUUUCCAUCGCCUACGGCAGCACUAUUAUGGUGUUUUAAUGUUCAACAGCAGUUAUUAAAGCAAGAUUGGCCUACAGAAAUAUUGGAAACCGACCAUUGUUGCGAAGUUACUGAUAGUAAAGGUGAAGUAAUUUUCAGAGGAUUAUCUGUACGUAUGGGUAUUCAUUGGGGUUCACCAGUAUGUGAGCUUGAUUAUGUUACUCGGAGAAUGGACUAUUUCGGCCCUAUGGUUAAUCGUGCGUCGCGUAUUAUGGCUAUCGCUGAUGGUGGCCAAAUUGCGGUUAGUUCAGACUUUUUAGCUGAAAUCAGGGCAUUGUAUAAAAUUCAUGAUGACGUUAUCAGUGGUGCGACAACGCUUUAUGAUGCUUAUCAAGGGAAUGUUCGUGGUGGUGAAAUAAUCGAAAGAGAACUACGUUCCAUUGAAGAAAUCAAAUGGUCAUUUUUUGAAUUAGGUGAAAAGAAGUUAAAGGGUUUAGAAACUCCGGAAUUGGUUACCUUAGUCUACCCAAAAAAAUUAGACGUAAGAUUUGAGAUAUUCCAGAAGAGAUUAUUCCACAUUGAAGAUUCACAAUCGAGCACUCGAAUUGUUGGAACCUUGCCGGUUGACAGCAUUUAUGGUUUGAGAACAGUAUCUUUGAGAUUGGAGAAUAUUUGUUCGUGCAUCAAUGGCGGUGUCCACGUUAAUGAAGGAUUCCAAAUGAAUUCACCUGAUCUUAUUUCUGAAAAAAUUAAUUCCUCAUUUAAAGAAAGUGAUCUAAUGGGGCUUUUGAACCAUAUAGUUACUAGAAUCGAAAAUUGCGCAGCAACAUUGCAUUUAAGACAGCAAAUGAGCUUCUUGGGUGAUAAAGGAGGUUAUAUUGACUUUAAUAAAAUUCAACCCAUUUCUAAUCUCUUGGAUGAUCUUAAGAAUUUGAUAGAAGAAUUCGAACAAUACAAGACGCUCCGGGAAGGUAUUUAG